AUGGAUGUUGCUCACAUUCUUUUGGGUUGUCCCUGGCUUUAUGAUUACGACUUUAGGCACUUUGGGCGUGACAACAUCUACGAAUUUGUCCAUCAACGUAAGACUAUUCGACUUUUCCCAACCAAACCUUUGGACCCUUUAAUGAAACUACCAUCCAAGGCAAACCCCACUGACAAUAGGCUCCAACUCUUGUCCCAUAAAGAGUUUGAGCGUGAGUUUCACAACAAUGGAUUGAUGUUCGCCUUAGUCACUAAGGCUUGUUCCCAUCCCAUCUCUGAGUCACAUAAUGAUCACCCGCUUGAUGUUACUUCAUUACUGGAAGAGUUUAUUGACGUCACCCUCAAUGACCUACCUGAAGAGCUCCCUCCUAUACGUGAUAUUCAACAUGCUGUCGAUUUAGUCCCCGAUUCGCAAUUCCUAAUCGUCCCCACUACAGGAUAA